AUGGCUCCGACCUGGUUGAGUUCUCGUCCCUGUUUUGUUCUGUCUCUAAGCGAUUUUUCGUUCGACGAAUUGGGUCAGGAGAUACGCGAGAAUCGGUUCAAUAUCGAGGCUGCUUGUGUCAGAAUGGCGCCUUCUGUGAAUAGAGGUGAGUGCUUGGUUUUGCCCAAUUUGAAAUUGAAGGUUUUGGUUGAAGCUAUUCGAAUGGUUUUGGAGAUUGUUUAUGAUGAGAGGUUUGUGACGUUUUCUUAUGGUGGUCGAAUUGAAAAGUUAUGCUUGUUUAUACAAGAGAAAAUCAAUGAUAAGAUACUAGUUGAUAUUAUUAAGAGGUUGUUUGAAUGGUUGAUUUCCUUCAUUGUUUUGGCCUUGAGCUCAUUGGGUAGUUUACUUCACUGGGUUUUGAUUUGUGUCAUCUAUGAGGAGGCCCGUGAGGCUGAAAUUUCUGUACAGGGAAAAUUGGUAGAUCCCCAGCGCAAAAAGAGCAAAGCAAGUUUACGGAAGCUUGAUGAGCAGCCUGAAUGGUUGAGGGGAGGAAAGCUGCGUGAUUAUCAGCUUGAGGGUCUGAAUUUUCUUGUUAAUAGUUGGCGAAAUGAUACUAAUGUUAUUUUAGCUGAUGAGAUGGGUCUUGGUAAAACUGUUCAGUCAGUAUCCAUGCUUGGGUUUUUACAGAAUGCUCAACAUAUCCAUGGGCCAUUUCUUAUUGUUGUACCAUUAUCCACAUUGUCAAACUGGGCAAAACAAUUUAGGAAUUGGCUACCUGAGAUGAAUAUUAUUGUAUAUGUUGGUACUCGUGCAAGUCGAGAGGUUUGUCAGCAGUAUGAAUUCUACAAUAACAAAAAUGUUGGCAGGCUAAUAAAGUUUAAUGCACUAUUGACUACAUAUGAAGUAGUUUUGAAAGAUAAAGCUGUCCUUUCAAAGAUCAAGUGGUGCUAUCUGAUGGUUGAUGAAGCACACAGGUUAAAAAAUAGUGAAGCACAGUUGUAUACAACACUUUCGGAAUUUAGCACCAAGAACAAGUUGUUGAUUACUGGUACUCCAUUACAGAACAGUGUGGAAGAUUUGUGGGCCCUGCUUCAUUUCCUUGAUCCAUAUAAGUUCAGGAGUAAAGAUGAUUUUGUUCAGAAUUACAAGAAUCUUGGCUCUUUUAAUGAGAAUGAGGUAUACAACUUGGUUAUUUGA